AUGUCCUUCCUCUUCGGCGGCGCUCGCCCCCAACCCUCCUCGGCGGAGAAAAUCGCAGCAGCAGAAGCCGAGAUCGAGAUGGUCUCCAACAUGUUCAAUCAACUAGUAGACACCUGUACCCGCAAAUGCAUCCCCGAAACCUACCGCGAAGCCGACCUGAACAAAGGAGAGUCCGUCUGUUUGGAUCGAUGUGUGGCCAAGUUCUUCGAGGUGAACGUCAAGGUGUCAGAGAAGAUGCAGGGUGAGGCGGCGCAGAGGCAGGGUGCUGCUGGCGGUGCUGGAGGGGGUAUGUUUGGAGGGUCGUAG